GAAUUGUUAACCUCUGUUCUUCCGUCUCUACCACCGAACCAAACUGCUACCCGCGCCUCUCUCACCCAACCACAAUCCAUAAAUAACCUCCACCCCCUCCCCACCUCGCGCCCGUGCACGCCUGCCGCCUUCCUUCUUUUCCACCAAGAUUAAUCAAUCCGUCCAGUUGCAUUGGGAAGUCAGAUGGGAAUCUUGUCGCUCAUAACCGGCAAGCUGGGCGCCAGCGGGUUCGGCUCCGGGUCCACGGCGGAGCAGGUCACCGACGGCGUCGACGCCACCCGCCUCACCGUCAUCGUCACAGGGGGGUCUAGUGGCAUUGGUCUAGAGACCUCGAGAGUCUUUGCCCUGAGAGGAGCCCAUGUCAUCAUUGCCGCUAGAAAUACGGAGGCUGCAUCAGAGGCAAGGAAGCGCAUCACAGAGGCAAAUCCAACAGCUCGUGUCGAUGUUCUGAAGCUUGACCUUAGCUCCCUCAAGUCUGUCAAGGCCUUCGCAGAGCAGUUCAACUCGAUGAAUCUUCCGCUGAACAUCUUGAUAAACAAUGCAGGUGUCAUGUUCUGUCCUUUCCAACUGUCUGAAGAUGAGGUUGAGAUGCAGUUUGCCACCAAUCAUCUCGGUCACUUUCUACUGACCAACCUUCUCCUUGAUAAUAUGAAAGCCACUGCUAAGUCUACUGGUAUUGAGGGUCGCAUUGUGAACUUAUCAUCAGUUGCCCACCUCCAUACAUAUCCAAAGGGGAUUCAAUUUGAUGAACUCAAUGACAAGAAAAUAUACAAUGAUAAACUGGCCUAUGGGCAAUCUAAGCUUGCAAACAUACUGCACGCGAAAGAGCUCUCUAGACGGCUCAAGGAGGAAGGAGCUAACAUCACUGUUAAUUGUGUUCAUCCUGGAUUGAUCAUGACCAAUUUGAUGAGGCACUCCUUUGCUCUGAUGAAGGCAAUUCGAGUCGUCACUUACAUGCUUUGGAAGAAUGUACCUCAGGGAGCUGCAACUACUUGCUACGUAGGGAUGAGCCCUCAACUGGCGGGAGUGUCAGGUAAAUACUUUGCUGACUGCAAUGAGGAGAAGACGAGCAAAAUGGCGAGGAGCGACGCCUUGGCGAAGCAACUCUGGGAAUUCAGCGAAGAGCUCAUCAGGUCUGCAAAAUGAGGAGCUGAAACCAAAGCUCCGAAAAAGGCGUCCAAGCACAGCUUAUGGUACAAAUGAUUGAUUAGUAUGCAGCAGCAGUAGUAGGAACCAGUAGGAACCCUCUCUCAUGGUGAACCAAUAUGGUUGUUCACGAAUAAAUUUUCACGCUUGUUUCGUCGGUUGGGUGUGUCGUGGCUAAGAUCAACCAUCUGUGCUCUUGUUAAUAUAUACAGUACUGUUUCUCCAAUACAUAUAUUUGCCAGCC